GCCAGGGCCAGCCUCUGUGUAGCUCUGAGUGGACAGCUGCUGUCUGGAGCUGCAGCUCAGAGCCCAGGAUGGAGCCCCAAGCCCGGGCUGAGGCUGCUGCCCUCCCCCUGGCCUGGCCCACCAUGCUGCUGCUGUGGGUUUCAGCCCUGAGCUGUACUUUCUCCUCGCCAGCUUCUCCUCCUCCAUCUUUGGUGCCCCGGGUCAGAACCAGCUACAGUUUGGGAAGGACUUUCCUCGGUCUUGAUAAAUGCAAUGCCUGCAUCGGGACAUCCAUUUGCAAGAAGUUCUUUAAAGAAGAAAUAAGGUUUGACAGCUUGCUGGCUUCCCACCUCGGAUUGCCUCUUCACUACUUGCCUUCUUACCCUGCAAAUUACUCAGAUGAUUCCAAAACCUGGCGCCCUGUGGAGAUCUUUCGGCUGAUCAGCAAAUACCAAAAUGAGCUCUCCGACAGGAGAAUCUGUGCCUCGGCAUCAGCCCCAAAGACCUGUAGCAUUGAGCGUGUCCUGCGGAAAACAGGGAGAUUUCAGAAAUGGCUGCAAGCCAAACGCCUCACACCUGACCUGGUGGAGGGCCUGCCCAGCCCCCUCCUGCGCUGUCCUUCGCAGCGACUCUUGGAUCGUGUGGUCAGGCGCUAUGCUGAAGUGGCCGAUGCCGGCAGCAUCUUCAUGGACCACUUCACCGACCGUGACAGGCUGCGUCUCCUCUACACGUUGGCUGUCAAUGCACACCCCAUCCUUCUACAGAUCUUCCCCGGAGCGGAGGGCUGGCCGCUGCCCAAGUACCUAGGCUCCUGUGGCAGAUUCCUGAUUAGUACCAGCACCAGACCACUGCAUGAAUUCUACAGUGCACCUCCAGACCAGGCUGCUGACCUCGCCUACCAGCUCCUCAGUGUCCUAGAGUCUCUGAGGAGCAACGAUUUAAACUAUUUCUUCUAUUUCACCCAUAUUGAUGCAGGCAUGUUUGGCAUCUUUAACAACGGGCAUCUGUUCAUCCGGGAUGCCAGCGCACUGGGCGUCAUCGACAAGCAGGAAGGCAGCCAAGCAGCUUCCAGGACAGGAGAGAACAAAGACAUUUUCAGCUGCCUGGUUUCUGGCUGCCAGGCCCAGCUGCCCUCCUGUGACACCAUCCCUGAGAAACAGAGCCUGGUGCUGGUGUGUCAGCAGUUGCUGCCUCAACUUCUCCAGGGGAAGUUCCCCUCCCUGGUGCAAGAGGAGAUAAACUCUGCUAUUGCCCAAUGUGGCCAGGAUGCCAGCCCAGACCAGGAAGUUCUCAGGGCUGCCAGUAGGCUAAAGGAUAUCUUGAGGCCUCUGAGAACCUGUGACCCUAGAUUUGCCUACCGCUACCCUGACUGCAAGUAUAAUGACAGGUUCUGAGGGACUGAGAGGCUAGCUGGCCUGAAAGGACAAUACACAUGACCCUCAAUUCUCUUGGCUGGGUUGCUGCCAAAUUGAAAGAAAUAGCUCCACUAUUAGCACAUUUAUUUCCAAGGACUGGAGAACACUCGAACUAGGGAGAAAAAUGAUACUACGUGAUUGGCUCCACUGGCUGGGACUUCAUGGCAAGUCCAGGGGUGGACAUCUGAAGACCCAGGUGUAAACACUCAAUGUCUUUGAACCUCCAUUUCCUUCAGACUGUCACAAGGGUAAAAGAAGACAGAGAUAUGAAGGGCCCAAGCCAUAUGCUCACAACCCACUGUGCAAAUGAUCACAAAGAAUGUUCCAGAAAUAUGUAUAAGCCUCAAGCAGUGCUUGUCAGAAAACCAUGUGGGUCAGGAAACUGGUAUGGGUGGCUUUGGGCCACUGGAAUUUUAGAAUCAGAUGAGGGGCUCCUAUCCUGCUCCCUGUGUAUCUGUCCAUGUUCACCCCACCACAAUAAGGUAGAGUAAGGAGAAUUCAGGAAAAGGGAUACACCAACUAGUACCAGCCUCUUUGGGUACCUGGGACUCCCUAUGCAUACACAGGAGGCACCUCAUGGUGGGAAGGAGCCAGUGGUAAGAAAAGAAGGAGCAAGCUGAACCUAGUCUGUUCAUUCAGGAUCUCUGAAAUGCAAACGUUAGGACAGGACUGCAUGAAUUUCCUUAGAGAACAUGCCUAGCGAAAAGGUGAGAAGGAGGGAACAGGUGAAGGUCAGAAUGACUAUCAUGCUGCAGUCUGAUCCCCAGAGGAAAAACGUGGGUAAUGGAAAAAAGGAUGUUGGGAUAUCCUUGAGUCAUAACCAAUCACUGAAGGAGCCCUUGUGUCUCCUACAAAUAGACACCUCUUUUAGUAUCCCUGAUGCACUCAAUAGUUGGCCAAAACCUGUGGGAAAUGUGACCAUGGCCCAGCUGCAAAGACAAACUUCAGAGCACAUCAGCUGGGGCACCUAGUCAGUUUGACUCUCUGGAGUGAGAAGACUGUGAGUGGAAAAACAUUCUCAUUAUAGCCACAGCCAGGAGUCCUCCAGGACCUGCUCUCUUGAUGCCAUGUGCUUUAGUGCGUGACUCUAAGGAGUUCUAGAAUUUCAUUCAAACUUGCAUGUACAGGUUAUUAUAAAACAUCUUUUCAGAGCUGGAGAAAUGGCUUAUGGUUAAGGCACUUGCUGGUAAAGUCAAAGGACCCAGGUUCGAUUCCCAAGUACCCAAGUAAAACCAGAUGCAUGAGGUUCAUGUAUCUGGAGUUCGUUUUC